ACAGGAGACACCGUGAAAUGUUGAAAUCAUAGCGUUAUAUAAUGCAACCUAUACGAAGAGUAGUCUGUGGCAUAUCUGGCGGCGUGGAUAGUGGUGUAGCUGCGUUGCUGUUGAAACAAAAGGGAUAUGAGGUCGUAGGUGCUUUCAUGCGUAACUGGGAUGUUACCAAUGAGGUUGGAGUGUGCAUGGCAGACAAGGAAAUGGAAGAUGCCACCAGGGUGACCAAAACACUUGGAAUCCCUCUCAAGGAAAUGAAUUUCGUUAAAGAUUAUUGGCAGGAAGUAUUCAGUGAGUUUCUGAGCGAUUAUGAGAAUGGCUUGACCCCAAAUCCAGACAUUCUUUGUAAUCGACACAUCAAGUUCAACACUUUUGUCGAGCACGCACUAACAACAUUGGACGCUGAUGCUGUAGCGACAGGACACUAUGCACGCACGAGCUUUGGUUCUUACCUAGAAGAUUAUCAAGAAGAAGCAAAUGUUAAACUACUGACGGCAGCAGACGAGGUAAAGGAUCAGACGUUCUUCCUCUCACAAGUUCGACAGAGGGCACUACGACGUGCCAUGUUUCCUCUGAGUGAUCUUACUAAGGACCAGGUGAAGAGAAUUGCAAGCGAAGCAGGGAUGGACUUUCUUGUAAAGAAGAAAGAGAGUAUGGGCAUCUGUUUUAUAGGCUCCAGAGACUUCAAGAAGUUUAUUAGACAGUACCUAGAUGCAAAACCGGGAAACUUCGUCGAUUGCGACACAGGUGAGGUCGUAGGGAGGCACGCGGGGAUUCACAACUACACGCUCGGACAGCGCUGCAGGCUCGGCGGCAAGCCACACAAGUACUACGUCGCGCGCAAGCACGUCAAAACACGCGAAGUAGAGGUGGCUGCGGGGACCCACCAUCCGGCUCUCUACUCCAACAGCAUGACAACGGGCCCCGCGUACUGGAUUGACGAGCAACCUCCGGCCAGGCUGAGGGCUGGCGGUCGACUGGAUUGCCUGUUUAGGUUUCAGCACGGAAAGCCAUUAGUACCCUGCACCGUCACGCGAGCUAGCGACGACGGCCUUGACAUCUCGUUGUCUGUUCCCCAGAGGGCGCUCACGCCCGGACAGUAUGCCACGCUGUACGACGGGCGGGAGUGCCUGGGCAGUGCGAGGAUUCAGCACGUUGGACCCACCCUGCAUGAGGUCACGCUAAAUCGCUCGUCUUCCGACGAGAGCAGAGCAGCGCUACUACUCUGUCAAUCCUAGCGGUGAUGCAAAAUCCGAGGAUGUGCACAUAUCGAUGUAAGCUUUCAUUAGCCAAUAGAGAAUUAUGAAGCCUGGCAGCAUUACAAAUAAUGGUAGUGUUGGCUAGGAAAAUCACAUAUACACUUAUACAUAUAUACAUAUAUAUAUUAACAAAUCGAGCACUCUACCGACAAUAUAGACUCAAGCA